AUGUUGAAUUUAAGAUGUGCACGUCCUUUGGCUAUCCUAAGUCUCGUUACUUUACGUCAAUUGGCCUUCGCACGAAGCUGGCUCGAUGUGGCCGACGUUGCACUCUUCGCCGUAUCACCGAUGGAUCCGAAUCGUCUCCUUUACAGUGGUGAAAGUGAUCCGUUCCUUUUUCCAACGCCAAACCCAACUACGUCACCGUUUUCAGGGCCGAUCGCAACUCCUACCUCCCGUCCAGUAGCUAAUGUUGUUGCCGCACCCAGCACAUCGGAACAGAGGUCGAACGCACCGUCUGCGCGUUGGGAAAAUCGGGAUGGAAAUGGUGGUUGCCAACCUGGACGAGUACUUCACGAAGUCGUAUUACAGGACUUCGGGGGUGACGAACAAUACAACAACAGCAUAGCUUUUUGGACUAUGCCUGAUAUUUUACCGGACGAAAGAUCCGAAACCAGCUCAACUGCGCAUAUUUCCGGUCCGAACCCCACUUCAGAUGGCUUGGACAGCGCUUCUGAAGGAGGAAUCGAAUUAUUCAAAGGCAGUUGGAAGGCUGGCGAAGACUCUUUCUCUUACAUUUGCCUGCAGCCUGCUAAGUGCUACCAAAUGGAAGUUGAAGGCGGACUCGGGUCAAGUGAUGCUACAUGGGAAGUAAGAAAAGUAGAGAUGGAUAUAAACGAGAACAUGGGUGCAGUAGUGGCAAAAGGCUUCGUACCAGAAAAGUGCGAAUUCUCAAUAUUGAAUGAAGAGACCGACGCGCUAGCCUGUCCUCUCCGUUGCAACGUCUCUCCCGAAACGCCGGCAGCUUCUUUCUCUUCGGCCCCAGCCUCUGCACUACCCACGGCGCUUUUAAGUGAUGCGACAGAGAAGCCGAAUCUAUUGCGUUCGACAGCACCUAGCGAUGGUCCGUCACUUAUCCCAAGCGACGUCCCGUCAUAUGUACCCAGCUAUGCACCAUCCAUCGUCCCCAGUGAAAUUCCUUCGUCGAAUGUACAAAGUGGCUUUGGAACAGAUCAACGUAUUAUUGAUUAA